CACACACAUUCUCAGGCGCCUGUGUUUCUCUACGGUCUACUCCUCGUGAACUCGGAAGUGAGUAAUGAAGUAGAGAUCACACCAGGUACCGCAAUGGAUGACGACAGCGACGCUGCUACACUGACGUCCGACCGUCCAAUCAGGUCGAUGACGCUGAAGGCUGGUGAUGGUGGGUACGGGUUUACACUGCAAGGCAGUGCUCCUGUCGUCGUGCAGCGAGUCGAGGCGGGAAGUGUGGCUGAAAAGGCUGGUUUGAGGGGAGGCGACGUUAUCAUGGAGUUAAAUGGUCACAACACACAUGCCGCUGAUCAUCAUACAGUUGUGAAUAUCAUCUACUACACCGCUGGCACACCUCUCACUCUGACUGUACAGUCACAGAAUGCAGACCAAACAUCGACAGUCGAGAAAGAAGACAGUCAGCAGGAAAAGCAUGUACAGUUCUUGCCGGCAUGGAAGGAUGUUACAUCACCCGUCUACACAGUGCCAAGUGCUCAAGAUGAGAUAGAUCUGGCUUCUCUUCAGAGCCUGAGGGAAAUAAGAUCCUUAUCUCCUGACAUCAAGCUGUCACCUCAAGGAGAAGAGAUGCAAGCUCUUUUGGCAAGAGGACCACACAACACAUUUGUCAUCCAACCCGCACUUAUCGACAACCCCAACGCUGCUCACGUCGUGACCUCUACCCAACCGCAGAAAGGCAACAAAACUCUGAGCAGUCGUUUGUCUCACUUGCUCCUACAAACUUCAGAGAACGGAUCUCAUCCUCCUACAAUAGAAUGCAUAGGAAAGAUUAUCGUAAUGGCAGCAAUAGAGAAUGCCGUUGAUAUCACAAAACAGUGGCCAGACAGACAAACAGAUAUUGAAGAAAAAAUUGAAGUAGACGAGUGCAUAGUUGGCAAUGAGGUUGUUCAGCACGUGCCCAUAAACGAGGGCACAACUAGCAAUGAGGCUGUUGAGAUGCCGGAAGCUUCGGGUGUCAUCCAAACGAGCAGGAAACGAGGCAAACAAGAUGAAAUGGAAGAAAUGGACGUCAGUGAUGUGUUUUUACCACAAGUGAAGCGGUCGAAAGCCGAAAUGCUUGUGGAAUCAACACUGUGUGCAUCAAUAGAAGCAAACAGAGAGAUGGACAGUGCAAGCGACUGUGAAGGCAGCGGCUGCAAGACAUCAGACAACACGAUGUCAAAGCUGAUAUGUGACGACACGAUGAUGUACGAGUCUAGUCUUGUUAUUCACUCUUGUUGUGUCAAACCUGUAGACGUCACAAACAGGAGUGUCGUCCAGGAGGGAAUGUUUGGGCCACACGGUAUAGCUUGUGAACUAGGAAACGGUGCGGAUAGGAACGGGAGUGCAGUGAGUCUGCCGAGUGUUGUGUGGCAAUGGGGUGCUGUAGAUGUAGGUGUGUGGCUGUCAUUAAUUGGGAUGAAGAAGUAUGAACGGGAGUUUCGUGAUGUCUCUGGAGCAAAUUUAUUGGCAAUAGAGAAGCAAUCGCUCUAUGACAUGGGCAUGACUAGUGAGGCUGAUAUACAGCAUAUAAUGGAUGCCAUCACUUCGCUGAGGCAAAGUGUUUCCAGUAAACAAGAGACCCAGACACAAUGCAGGAAACUUUCACGUCCAGCUUCAGUUUAUGAUUGGCAGGAGGCUGAUGUAACUGAUUGGUUAGAGAGUUUAGGAGAACAAUAUACACCGCACUGUGCCCUGGCAUUUCAGAAGCAUGAAGUAAAUGGUCAUGUACUAUUGCGUCUAACAGACUCGUCUUUAGUUCGAAUUGGAAUCAAUAAUCCAUUGCUAAGAACAUCCCUCCUCCAGCACAUCAUGUUGGUCAAAUUUCACCAAGAAGAACUCGAACUGAAAAAACUCCUAGCAGACAGUUGAUGAACACACACACAGAUCGAUUACCGUACCACACACUCACGGCUCACUAACCCACAAAGUACUAUUUUGAUAUCAACAGGUAAACCACGCAUAAUUGCGUAAUACUGUACUGUAAAGAAAAGCAAAUGUAAGCAAUGCAGUAUGUGAUGCAGUCU